AGAAUGAUCCUGAUGAUGAGUUGGUAAUGCUACAACCUUACGUCACGUUUUGCCAUUCUAAAUACCAGACUUACUGGCUUGUUGUCAUGUAUGUCUACAAGGGAAUCCUCCUUUUCUUCGGUACGUUCCUGGCGUGGGAAACAAGAAAGGUGAAGAUACCGGCGUUAAACGACAGUAAAUUGAUCGGCAUCAGCGUCUACAAUGUAUUCAUACUCUGCGCAAUAGGAGUUGGUGUCAGCUAUGCCUUACGAAGUGAACCGGCAGCUCUCUUUAUCUUCCUUUCCUUCGUCGUGUUAUUUUGUAACACAAUCACACUGGGUGUCGUCUUUAUACCAAAGAUAAUUACAGUGUACAAGGAUCCACUGGGUGUGAACGCUACGGGUAAGAAGAAUCGAACAAGUGGAUUAGAGUCCAUGGAUAUGAAAUCAUCCACAGCUAUUGACUAUGCACCAGAGUUAUCGGUAAUAUCAACAGGUGCACCAGAUAAAGAUAACCAGAAGUUACAAGACAAAGUUGACAUGCUCAAAAAGCAGUUACAGGGCACGAAGGACCUGAAUGCCAUCUUGAAGGACACGGAUGAUAACAUGUGUGGUGUUUGGUGCUGUGGUCUCUCUUGUGGCUGUUCUUACAUACAUGGAUGUUUCUAUUCUGAUGAAGAUGAUGAGUGUACGCCUGGGUAUACAAUCAAACAAGAAGAGAGCACAUCAGGUGAUGUUUUCAUGGGGGACGAAAAACCGAGUGGACACACCAAACCUGCCACGACUGCAGAUCGUGGUAAGAAUGGCCAAGCCGCUGGAACUGUCGAAUCCAUAGCCGUUGAUGUGGAAGUUGGUGUAGAAAACGCUGGCUAUGUUGCGACGAGUUACGAUGAACAUGACACGAAGGCAACUCCUUCUCCAGCCGUAGAAAGUCAAGGUUUUCCAGGGACAGUAUAUGGAGCGGAAGCGUCCCCUGACCUGUCUGCGUGGAGGUCAUCAUCUAAUUCGACAGGAGUGCCUUGUGCUGAGCAUUCAAUGGAGGCUUCCAAAGUCAGAGUUGUAACAGAUGACAACACACCACGUGAUGUUGACGAAGAUGAAUGUUGACGGUCAGAGUAUUCACCGUAUGACCUCCUAGAGGAGCUAAUACAGCAGUUCAUGUUGACGAUACAGCCUUUUUAAAAUCACCGCACGCCUUACGAGCAGACUAUAUGAAUGACUUCGAACGGAUUUUAAAAAUGUUAUCUGUAUCCAUCUUGAAUCUAGAAUGGUCAUAUGAAUAAUAAUUGUAAGCCCUGCAGUUACAAAGAAAACCCAAAUCGGCUGGAAUUUGUUGGUCUUCUCUGCAAAUCUGUAUGAAAUCUACUCGCAUUCGCAAUCGCACUCGCACUCGCACAAUAUUUUAAUGAUUUUUUUUUGGGGUGCUAUUUUUUAGCUACAAGAAGAAAUCCUAUCGAAAUUUCAUCGCGGUGUUUAACUGAUUUUUGCUUUGUUCACAGACAUUUUCGACUUGCCUCCACCACCCUCCCAUUUAUAUUCGAAGAUAAACAACGGCUUCUGUAACUUGUAGAUACUUAAGUAUUAUGUUAUGAGUAUCAUUUAGUAUCAUUCGGCAUCACCUGUGACUUGGAGGGACCUGCAUGCCCUUCUGAAUAAUAACAUGCAUACUAAAAAAAAUUAUCACUUAUCUUGUAAUUCAGUGGAAAGGAUAUUUACAUGCUUAUAACAUUUUAAGGUGUUUUAAGGUUUUGUCGUAAAAACAACAAAAAGUAUCCAAACUAAUACAGCUAUUUUACAGAUUAUUCAUUAUAUUUUUGUACAAAAUGUAUAUUGUGAAGCUAGAGUAAGAAAGUAACGCACAAGUUAUACAAGUACAGACGAUACAUGUUAGGUUACUUUGGAAAGACUAGUAAUUCUAUAAUUGGCGAUAAAAUAGAAACUUACAAUUUUACUUUUUAUGAAGUGUCUAAAUUCUGAUUUUCUCUUUCAGAACAUGAUUGUGUUCUGUAGAUUGGUGGGAAACAUAUUGAUGCUGUUGUAAAAAUUUCAUAAUUCUAAGCAUGUGACAUGAUGUGUGAAAGGCGUGCCUUGGGUAUAUUUUGAUGUUGAAAAAGUGCAUUUAUGGCGAAUCUACUAUUAUCUAGUAGAAUAUAGCACAGAUUUUUUUUUACAAUGGAUUCAAUCAUAGACCUCAGUAGAAUUUGAGCAACAUUGCCAUUUUUAUGUAUAUUUCCAUCAGUACUAUUAGCAUUGUUAUCAUUAGUGAUGUUGUGUGAGGGGAUUGGUUAUUGUAAUUAAUGGUAUUAUCAGAGCCAUUAUUAUCCUCACAUGCUAAAUGUGAAUUGCGUUAAAACAUCAAUAAACUUUCUACUUGGGAAUUUUGCUUGGUUCUACCCUGAAAUAUGUACUCUCACUUAUUUAAAAUCUACAUGUACAUAUAAGAUUUGUCAAAGAGUGAAAGUUUGCAAUUCUAAAUUGCGAAUACGUGACUUUAAUUUGGGGCAAAUGCGAAAUUACAGAUCUUACCCCCUUAUUCAUCUUAUAUCAGAAUCAUAAAAAAUAAUCAAUAUUUAGUAAUGUUUGUACUCGUCAUUAUCCUGUGCACUUAGUUCUGAAUGAUAGCAGGCCUUUCGAUAAAUGUUAUUUGGUAUUUCAUUAUCUUUAAAUCCUGCCAGAUGUCCAUAAUGCCUUUAUUGUGACUACGGGAGCUCCAGUUUCCAAAUGGACCAUGACUAUAUAUUUGUAAUCAUAAUUUAUCACGAAGCUGCACUUACACGUUUGGUAUAUGCAAAUUUAAGUAUGUCGCACAAUCCAUUGAUGUUUGUACCACCAAAGCAGAUAUAUAUGUUUACGUGUACUUUAUUAUCAAAUUGACACUGUAAAAUGAA